AUGCACGCGGCCAACCUCAGGGGCUCUAUCCUCGCAUGGACCCACCACCGCCUCCCCCUCACCUCCCUCUACCACCCUCAAACCGGCUCUGGCCCGCUCCCCAUCCUUUCCCACGCCAACACAAGUGCCAACACCGGCACCGCACAUGAGUCAACCUCCCAGCACGAUUCAACUGCUGCGUGUGGAGCUGGAGCAAGAGGAAAGGGAGCAACGGGCUCUGGUGCUGCCACUGAUAUGCCAGUGCUGCCCUUGGGAUUGGGAGCCACCACGCGCGUGCAUGUGUACUCACCCAAAGCAGCAGCGGGGUCACGGUGGAGCAGCAGGGGAAGGGGAAGGGCGGAAUGGGAACGGGGGGCGGUGGUGGUGGUGGUCCCUCUGACGGUCUGCCCCGCAUGUUCUGAGGGACCAGCGCUGGUGAAGGCCAGUGCUUCUGCUGGCCGGGUGGUUCGCAUUCCUCGGCACCUGGGUGGAACUGCGCGUGGGGGGCGUCGGCCAGCCCAUGCUGCCAUGGUGCUCAUUAACGAGACUGCUUCAAACGAGGAUGGAAGAUCAGGAGAAGCAGAAAAGGCGAGGGGAGAGGAGGAAGCAAGGAUGGAGAAGGUGGAUAAGAGCAGCGACAGAAAGAGGAGAGGAGAGGCGGGUGGGAGGGAGAAGGGCGAGCAGGAGUCAGUUGGCAUGACACGCCAGCAGUGGGAGUUGGUAGCGCAGGUGGAUGGCGGUGGUCGGCUGGUUCCCGUGCAUGUGAGACGAGUGGGGUCGGUGGGGCCAUCCAUUGUUGUGGUAGCUCCGCAUGUGCUCUCCCCCAACACCACUGCCUCCCUGCCCAACCUGCCCACCACCACCACUACCAACAAGAAUAGGUUACAUUUUGGGGGUGACCCGUUGUGGAAGGACUAG